AUGGCUUUUUUCAAUCGUUUAUGGACAUUUUUUAGUGGUGACACUAAACAACUACAUAAACAAGCAGAUGUAUUAAAAAUUGGAAUACUCGGUGCAGCUAAUAUUUGUAAUAUGGCAUUAGUUAACCCGGCAAGUAAAUUAUCGAACAUUCUAAUCUAUGGCAUUGCUGCCAGAAAUCGGCCAAAGGCUGAAGCAUUCGCAAGAAAACAUCAUAUACCAAAAGUUUAUGAUAAUUAUGAUGAAUUAUUAGCUGAUCCAGAUAUAACUGCGAUUUAUAAUCCAUUACCAAACGGUCUGCAUUAUCAAUGGACAAUGAAAGCUUUACGUUCAGGUAAACAUGUACUUUGUGAAAAACCAUUAUCAAAUAAUGCAAAUGAAGCACGUGAAAUGGUUGAAGAAGCUAGAAAACAAAAUCGUCUACUAGUCGAAGCAUUUCACUAUCGAUAUCAUCCAAUGUGUAAUGAAACUUUGAGAAAUCUUCUUUCAAAUAAAGAUCGAAUUGGUUCUAUACAAAAUAUCUCCGCUGUUUUUACUGUUGCAGCUAGCUUUUUAAAACAUGACGAUAUUCGUUUUCAAUAUUCUCUUGGUGGUGGAACUCAAAUGGAUCUUGGGUGUUAUGUAGUAUCUUCGUGUCGAUUUAUUGUUAAUACCUACAACAAUCGUAAUGAUGAUAAUGAAGGUCCAUUUGAAAUUCAAAAAGCCGAAGCCGUACGAGUAUCUCCAACUAAUCCUCAAAUCGAUUAUGGCAUGCGAAGUGAUUUAAUAUUAGAUGGAAUAAAAUGUAAUAUAUAUUGUGAAUUUACUAAUAAUUGGUCAAUUACUAAGCAACAAAUAACCAUCGAAUGUGAACAUGCUAUAAUAACCGUCGGUUAUUUUAUUGCUCCGGUUUUUUAUCAUUAUAUAACUGUACAUGAUCGACGUGGCAAUCAAACGCGUACAAUAAAAAAUUAUGGAGAUAAUCAAUCAACUUAUUAUUAUCAAUUAAAAGCAUUUGUAGACGCUGUAAAAAUUGCUCAAAAUGAAAGUUCUAUGGAUCGAGCGUAUGAAAUAGCGUAUACAACUGGAAAAAGUGGUAUUCGUAAUAUGGAAAUCAUUGAUGAAAUCUAUCGUAAAGCUGGACUCGUUGUACGAGGAACUGAAAUUUAA